AUUCACUUUGAAAUACUGUGACCAUGGAAAUCAAGAGAUUAAGCGUACUCAUUUUCGUUAUGCUUGCUGUAUAUUCGUUUGCCGUGUCCGAUGUACAAGCCAAGAAGAAAGCUAAGAAACAAUGUACUAAACCUGCGAAAGAUAACGAAGACUGGGAGAGUUCUGACUACACGAAUGUAAUUGAAACUAGCCUGAAACGAUUCUUAUCUGAUUAUAAAGACGAUGAACUCAAGGAAGAGAUGCAAAGGCUACUCGAAAUCGCGGAUGCGAAGAAACCUGGUGAAAAGGAAGAAACAGAUGAACCUGGAUGGGAAACAGAAACUGAAUCCGAAAGAGAAAUAAUUGUUGGUACAGUGAAAAGAGGUGAAAAGAUUAAACGAGGUGGUGCAAACGAACGCGUUAUUCUAAGGGAGAAAAAGCCUUUCAGCAAGGAUAAAGGUCAAUCAGAUUGGGAGAUAACAGAUGAAGAUGAAAGAGAACUAUUCGUUAGAGGUCAUUAAUUGAAGAAUUAAUCAAAGAAUGCAAAAUGAAAACACUGAACAAUCUUCCGAAAAUAUUCACAAAUGACUGCAGAAAUAAAUAUAGAUAAAUAACUAUAAAGUGUUUUAUUAAAACUAAUCAAGAAGUAUCUAAUGGUUUGAAUUUUUGCCAUCUUCCGGUUUAUAUUUCAAAUUUUUACUUGUUAUUCCACUUAUUAAGUGAUUCAGUGUUACAAAUCCAGCAUCGUUUUUACUUUAGACUAAAAUUGUAUGCCAAACAUCACGCAAAAGAUACCAAAAACAGGGUUAUGGUAUAUUUAUGUUCUGUGUAUUGUUUCACUCUAAUUAAUAUAACUCACCUCUAGGUGGAACUGUC